UUUGAUGCAGUGCUACAAGGGUUCGAUUUAUAAUAUACUGCGAAUGUAAGCCCUUUGAAACUCUCAUAUGUUAUUUUAUAUUAUCUGUUUUAUACUAUUAAUUGAGACAUCUUAAAGAUCUUAACAGAAUAAGUUAAUAUAUGAGUGAUAUCUAAGGGGUCGGGAGUGUCAUGAAAAAAAAAAUAAGUGAAUGUCACCCCUUCAUCUUUCACUCCUUCAUUUUCCACCCUUUCAUUUUCCUUGUCUUAUAAAAUGCUCUCUCCCUCUGUUUUGGAAAGAAUUAGAUAAGAGGAGAGAUAAAAGAAAAUAAAAAUAUUUUGUAUAAAGUCAAUUUCAAAUCAUCUUAUAAUUUAUCUUACAAUAAUGAAGUUUUUUAUUUCAUUUAACAUAGAAGAACUAUGUAAAUUUCUAUCUCAUUUAUACUUAUUUAAUUGCAUUUUUAUAACACAUUGUAAUUUUUAAUUUGUAUUUUUUUUCUUUUAUUGUUCUUAAAAAUGGAGGAAAACACCGCCCAUGAUUGUGGACCUCAUUAUCUGCGGUUCCUACCAAUGACAGCGUAAAACGUGGCGAGCUCGUGGCGACCUCGCCGCUGCCACGAACCCUAAUGAAGAAAAUGCUAGUGUAAUGGCACCCGCGUAAUUAAACCGCCAAAACGGUGUCAUUUUCGCACCCCUCUCUUCCCUAAAACCCCACUGCCCUCCUUCCAAAAACCCUCUUUCGCUCUCGCUUCUUUCUCUGCCUCUCUCUCUUUCUCUCUCUAGCCGCCACGAUGGCCGGAAUUAGCCGCCUGAGAGGGGCUGCGCCGCCUCUGACACGGCGCCUCCUGGGUGUCCUAGCGACCCGACCCUUCGGAUCAGCUGCCGCGGCUCAAAUUCAGUACGACGACGAUGACUAUUACGAUUACGAAGCUGAGGAGCUGAGUGCGCCGAGGUCGGCGUCGGAAUCGGAGAUGUCGGUCCCGGGAAGGGGAGUGCAGUGGGUGAUUAUUGGCGAGCCAGGGGCGAAGAAGCACGUCUAUGCCGAGAGGCUCUCGAAGCUUCUCGACGUGCCUCACAUUUCCAUGGGCACCCUGCUGCGCCAGGAGCUCUACCCUCGCUCUUCCCUUUAUCAACAGAUUGCGAAUGCUGUGAACCAUGGGAAGCUUGUUCCAGAGGAUAUAAUUUUUGGGCUUUUGUCAAAGAGGCUGGAAGAAGGAUACUGCAGAGGUGAAACUGGCUUCAUUCUAGAUGGGAUUCCUCGGACAAGGAUCCAAGCUGAAAUCCUGGAUCAAAUUACAGCUGUUGAUCUGGUUGUGAACUUCAAGUGCACUGAAGAGCACAUGGUGGAAAAACAUCUUGGAAUUGGGAACUGUUCCCCCUGCAGGGAGUUCCAUAGCAUAAGCAGGCCAGUGUCAAAUUUAAAUUUGCAGUCGCAGGAUGAUCAGCUGAAGUCCUCUAAUGCUGAUACAGGGCGUGCCUGGAAUGAAAAAUUCCGCAUCUAUGCAGAACAGAGCAAGCUGUUGGAGGAUUACUACAGGAAACAGAAGAAGCUUCUGAAUUUUCAAGUGGCUGGCGCACCCGGAGAAACCUGGCAAGGGCUUUUGGCAGCAUUACAUCUUCAGCAUAUGAAUGCUGUUAGUCUUCCAACAAGUUGACUGUGAUUUGAUUUUGACCUUAUUCUACAGGUACAAUAUAUUAAUCCUCAUUCCGGUACUACAGUAAAUAGACAUAAAAUGAGAGUUAAGAGUUGGUUGGAGGUUUCACAGCAAAUUCUUCCAACUGAGUUUUGAAAAUUUUCUUUGAUUUGAGUGUACUUACCCUAGAUGCUCUAUGCAAUAGAGUGUGCAAGUUUGUAAUGUAGUUAUUGUAUGAGAGAUGAAAAGCAGAGAGAAAUACUGGCCUCUGAGCAUUUUAUAGCGUGUGCAGGGCUGCUACUUCCUAGGUUUCUUCAGCUGUGACCUUUUUUCCCAAUCAUUAGAUGUUUAGAAAUACAGUGUUUGCCCAGGUUUUGAAUCUUGGAAUGUUAUUUGAGAUGUGGGAUUCAUGUGAACCUCUGUUAAUGUUCAUUUAUGGAAUUUUGAUGCAUUAUUGAGAAA